GUUUUUUUCUUGUUGAGAAAUGAAGACUGGAAGUAGAUUGAAAGUGUGAUUUCGCUUAUAGCGGCUGAAAAAUAAGUGUUGGAGGCGAGACUUUCCUGAUCUUUCCGAAUGGACAACGACACCCUCAAAGAGGAAAUGUCUUCAGCUGAAGACGCUGGUUUGCAGUCCAUCCUCGGGUCACAUUGGAAAUCCAAUGUCCAGGCCUAUCAUGCCAUCAUGGAAGAAUACUCAGAUGUUGUUGUUGCUUCAAAGCAGGGAAUUGGCAGCUGGUUUUUCGAGUAUUCCUUCGUCUGCCAACCGGUCGACUACAGCGACAGGCCUGCUGCCAUGAGAAUGGUGAACGCCGCCUGGUGGUUCUACUUCUCGAAAUUCAUCGACUGGUUCGACACGCUGUUUUUCGUGAUGCGAAAAAAAUUUCAGCACUUGUCCUUGCUGCACUUGGUCCAUCACGGACUGAUGCCCUUCAGCAUCUGGUUUGGAGUUAAAUUCUGCGGAGGCGGUCAAAGCACGUUUUUCGGGUUACUCAACACUCAGGUGCAUGUCGUAAUGUACUUGUACUACUCUUUGGCUGCUUUGGGGCCCAAGUACCAAAAGUAUUUGUGGUGGAAGCGGUACUUGACCACAAUUCAAAUGGUUCAGUUCCUGCUUGUGUUGCUCCACGCCCUGCAGCUGCUUUUCGUGGAUUGCAACUACCCGAAAGUUUUCGUUUACGCCAUCAUAACGCACGCAAUUUUAUUCAUCGGCUUGUUCACUGAUUUUUACAUCAAGACUUACGUGAAGAGGAAGGACGGAAAGAAGAAGGAAGUCCAGUCUGCGAAAUCGGAUUGUAAAAAUGAGGAAGUUACGAAGAUGAUGAUGAUGAACAACGAGGGACUUAGGAAACGAGCCAACAUGGGUUCGGUGAACGGAAUGUGCAUACAACAAGCUUACUAUGACAAUAACUGAUUUUUUUUUUUGCUUUGAAAAGAGAGAAAAAGAGAGAUACUUUUCUGCGUGGAUUCGAGAGUGUGACCACCAUUCCGAGUUAUUCCACCAUUUUUGUUGUUGUUGUAUGUGUUACUUAGAGCCGAGCCAUGACCCUCACUUUUGUUUCCACUUUAGCCCCCGUAUAGAUAUAGUUUUUUUUUUACAUUUUCAAAGAGCCUUUUCUAGUGAUGCUUUAUAAAAUUUGGCAAAUAUUUAAGCGCGACGGAAUACUUUUAGAAAAUUCUCCGAUUUGAAAGGGAGUUUUUUUUAGAAGUCUCGCAAAUCAGCAGCAUAUUUUUUUUAUGCAAACGUAAUUUUCCAUCAUUUUGUUGUCAAUGUCUGCAAAAAUAGCAAAUCUUCACGAUCAAAUGAUGCUAUCAUCAUCCAACAAGAAAUUAUUUUGAGGAACCACUACAAUUCAAUAUUUGAUGUUGAACGUGGAUUGUCUUUAAAAAUUUCUACCUUUCAGUUUUUGCGAUAAAAUUCUGUGCUUUCUUUUCGAGAAUUUCCUAAAACUGCAUCUAUGGCUUUUGUCCUCAAUAUAUCUCCAAAAAUAUUUAAUAAUUUUUUCAUGCGAAAAUUUUGCUAAACUUCUUUGAGAAAAUGUAAAAAGAAACCAGGUAUUUGCAAUGUAAGAAAUGUGAGACUUCGUUGUGCGGAAUCGUCAUUUUUGAAUAUUUGGGGUUAAUUUUCUUUCGAAUGAUAAGCCCUUAAUCGAGUGAUUCAAAGUAUAUCCGCAAAAUUAUUUGUUUAUCGUAUUCUGCUAAAAAUUGCAUCCAAGUUUUCGUAAGCCAAAACGAGUCGUUGAAAAUUGGACGCUUAAAAUCUUUACAGCUGCAAUUUUUUGGAGUGCUUCGAAAAAUCCUUCUGAAAAGAUCUUAAAUUUUUCUUUGAUCUGCUUGUCCACUUCUCAUCAGGUUUGGAUUUACAUAGUGUAUUUCCGUUUGCAUUUUUAUAGCUGGGACAAUUUAUAAAUAAUAAUUUUAGAAAUAUUUCUUGGAAUAUUUCUUGUAGAAACUGUCUUUCCACCUUUUGACGAAUCAGUUUAAAAGUUACAUUUUUUGAUGCCCGAGAAACCCUGAUGCAAUGGAGUUGAGAAACACAAGCCAAGCUCAUCUUACAAGAAAUUUCAAGAUUCCGUCUGUUCUAUAUUCAAAACUCUGAGAUAAUAAUAUUUUUGUUAGUGACGAAUCGUUCGAUCUAGUCAGUGUCUGGCUCAGCGGUCCAACUUGUGAUGAAGAAAUAACUUGAAUGUUUUCUUUAAAAAACAAAAAGAGAAAGAAGAAGCAGACAAAGGCUUGUUCGGAAACUUUUGGGAGCUAUGGCAUGUAAGUUGAACAAUAUCACUGACAGGUCGCACAAGUGCACGUCGUGAUUUUUUCUGUGAAAGUUGCUCAAUACCCCCUUUUGUGUUUAUUGUUUUCUCAAAAAAAUAUAUGAGAAGUCGAAGGGACUAAUAGAAUGGUUGUUGCAUAUAUAUAUUGUUAUCAUUCCCAUGUUACGAAUGUUUCGGAAUCCGCGUCGAAUUUUACCUUCUCGUGUGUGCAAAGUGAAUAACGGAUUCCAAGUUUUUCUCUCGACAUUUUUUUUUUAAAGAAAAUAAAUUUGAGUUCCGAAUCGGAAU